AUGCCCUGCAGCAGUCAGAGUAUGGACCUCUCGGACUUCCCAACAACUCCGGGGAUCUUCCCGUGUAAUGCUAUCUAUAAUAACUACGACCAUCUCCUGUGGCGGGCAAUGGAAAAUAAUGUCCCGGAGAAGACGAUUGCCAGUUUCCCCUGGAUCCUUUGGUUCAUUUGGAAGGCUAGGAAUGAGAAAGUUUUUAGCAAUAAAGAGAUACAACCCGAAGCUUCCCUGCAAUCGGCGUUAGCAGAGUCGGAAAGUUGGGUUUUUGCCCAACUUAUCGAUAACUCUAAUGCUGAACAAAACCCCCUGACAAGCACCAGUACACAUAGUGAACAAGCCCGAACUCUACCAAGUUGCCAAGUUGAUGCUUCGUGGAUGUCGGGUGACCAGGUUUGGGGAGGUGGUUUAGUGAUAGAUACCGCGGACGGGAACCACGUCUACGGAGCUACCGCAGGGACUCAAGUACUCUCACCCCUUCAUGCAGAGUUUGAAGCA